AGAACUGAUUGCAAUCAGUCAAAACAACAACAAUGAAAGAUGUUGAUGCAUGGAAGAAAUUUUAAUUUAAAAAUAAUAUUAAUGGAUAUUAAAACGUAUUUACAAUAAAAUAAUCUGGAUAAUGAGAUUUAGCAGGAGAAUAUAUUGAUUUCAGGAUAUCGAGUUUUAUACUAAAUCAAGUUGAAUGUUUAUAAAUAACCGAAUGAAAAUGUUCGCCACAGUUAUUAAUAAUAAUUCAGGACUAAAUUGAAUUAUCACACAUGCAUUUCUGGAUCGAUAAACGAAGUCAAGGAUGCGGAUUUAACGUUCAUCAAAUUCCUCCAUCACUUUCAGGUUACGGACGGAACCAGAGGAAUUUAUGUAACAGUUUCUAUCCCAAACCGAUGGUAACUCCAGUACACAGAUUCCAAUCUAUAGAAAGUGGCUUACGAAAUAGCAGAUCCGGUUAUCAUGCUAGGAUACCGCUACAUUGUUCCACAUCGGUUCAUUACAAUGGAUCCAGUAUUCGAAUACCCCCUGCUGUCACUAGAUCUUCGGAGAUGGUGGAUUCUGGACAAUCACCUGCCACUAGACACAACGUUUCUUCCACAUCAAAGCUAAAAUGUGGUGUUUGGAUAUUUUUCGCUGUUGUUACAUUUUUUUUAGCUGGGGCCAAGUAUUAUUUCCAUGGAAUAAACAUAGGGGUUGAAGUGUUGGUAUUUUGUUCUCUUCUUGUGGUUGUUCUUUUACUUGGUGGUUUAAUAUCUCUAUGCGAAGCAAUAGUGUCAUAUUCUCCGGCGAAUAAUCGUCCUGAAAUGCCUAUUAUGAGGAUAGUUGAAGAGCAAGAAGCCGAUGAACCUAUACAGGAUCAGGGUAGUUCUACUACGCACGUUUCAUCUGAAUUACCCCCUCCUCCGUACCAUAUUGCAGUGAUGCUAUCACCAAGAAACGAUUUGGAUGCGAUAAGAGUUAUUAGGGAUUCGCCACCUCCUAGUUACGAGAAAGCUGUGACUUGAAUUUUUUGUCCUAUGCAUUAUGAUAUGGAGGAAGAGGUAAAAAAAAGUACUGACUUAUAAAUAAUAAUAAUCCAUUCCAGUCUUCAAUUUAAAUAUGCGAGAGAAAAAAUCAAGAGCUGUUUGUGAUAUUUGAAUCUUUAUUAAAUCUGUAACUUUCCAUUUACAAAAACUUUGGUAGAAUUAGAAAACUUACUAUCGAUACCCUCGUUUUUAUCUUGAAUAAAUGAUUUUUGGUGUAUUUUGAUAAAUAACUAUUGUUUUAAUGUGAUUUUUAGCGUUUAUCAAAGUUAUAAACAGUUUCGAUUUGAAAUUGAUCUUUAUUUAUAAAUAUAUUGUUUAAUACAUUUGAACUACUAUACAUGAUGUCUUCUUACUUCUAAAUAUAUCAACUCAUUACUAUAAAUACAUAGUAUUAUUAAAUUAUUCAGUUAUUUUUCAUUUAUUUAAAAAAAGUUGUGACUAUUCUAUAUACAGUAUGUAUUAAAAAUUUGGUAGCAUAUUUGAGUUUUUUUCAAUCAAUAUUAUACUAAAAAAUUUAUUAUUUAUAGAAAGUUCUGAUUGUAAUUACGUAUUAUUACAUAGUUUUUCAUUGUAAAUAACUUUUCAAUGUUGAAAUUUUCAAUAUAGUCACAACUGAAAAUAUUUAAAAAAAAUCCUGUCGCUAGUUUUUUUAAAUAUACUGUAUAUUAAACAUUGCGGGCAUAGUGUUUGGGUCAUUGUUGCCAAUCAAAUUACGUGUACGUGUGUUUUACAAUUUUCCUAUACUCAAAUUGCACUGGUUUUUUCGAUAAAAAUAAAAAGUCAUUUCGUAUUAAAUAUUUAGGACCUAUAUUUUGUAUGCUAUUGUAAAUCUAUGUAUACAUUCUACAUAUUAUUGUACAAAUGUUUUCAUCGGUGUAAUUCUAUAAAGAAAUUGCAUUUUUUA